AUGAAUAAAUUUUCAACAACACCUGAACCAGAAGAAUGUAUCGAAGUUGAUUUGAUAUUGAAAAGCACAAUUGAUGGAAACUUGACGAUCCUUGGCGCAAUCUCUACUAAUAUUAUCUGUGUAAUAAUUAUUAGAUAUGGCACUCUGAUUUCAACGUCAACAGAAUCAAAUUGUCUAGAUGUGGAGAAAUAUCUUUACGGUGGUUUACUUGACUCUAAAUUAGGUAUCUUGAUAAUUUAA